AUUUCUUUUACAUUCUCCUUAGUUUCUGAAACUAAAGGGUCUCCAAGAGGCCAAGAAAGGACCUCUUUCUCGGUUUCUCGGAGCCUCAUCAUUCUCUUUUCUAACGCUUUCUUCCUCCACACGCAAUCUCAAUUCCAAACCUAACCCUAAAAUGGAUUCCACGGAGCUCAAACGUGUGUUCCAAAUGUUCGACAAGGACGGAGAUGGACGGAUCACAAAGAAGGAGCUAUACGAGUCAUUAAAAAACCUCGGGAUCAUAAUACCAGAGACUGAACUAUCUAAGAUGAUCGAAAAGAUCGAUGUGAAUGGCGAUGGUUGUGUGGACAUUGAAGAGUUUGGGGAGCUUUACAAGACGAUAAUGGUCGAAGACGAGGACGAGGUAGGAGAAGAAGAUCUGAAGGAAGCGUUCAACGUUUUCGAUCGGAAUGGAGAUGGGUUUAUAUCGGUGGAUGAAUUAAAAGCGGUUUUGUCUUCCUUGGGACUCAAGCAAGGAAAGACCUUGGAGGAAUGUAAGCAGAUGAUACUACAAGUGGAUGUUGAUGGUGAUGGUAGAGUUAAUUACAAGGAGUUUAGACAAAUGAUGAAAAAAGGUCGGUUUUUUAGCUCUACGAGCUGAUGAUUAACGAUUUUCUUUUUCUUACUUUUGUUUAUACUUUUUGGUUAUUUUUUUAUCCAUUUUAUUCUCCCGGGUUCUAGAAGGAAAAACAAUCACAUGGUCAAAACCAAAUCGUUUAUAGCCUAGACUUGCGAGAGCACAUUGUAAAAAUUGUAGACUUGUUUAUAAUGUGAUGACAUACU